CUUGGAGGAUAGACGUCAUGAGCUAAGCAGCCACCCGCUAUAAAGCUGCUGAUCAGCCGCUGACAGGACACUCACAUGACUCAUAUCCUGAAACUGAAGUAUCUGAAGCUAGGCCAUCCUUCACAGAGAGAUGACGACGUUUGCUUGAAAUAUCGAAGAGAAGGCCCCAUUCCGUCCUGUUCCUAGAAGUUUCGAGCGCUUCGCAGCCGAAGAACCGGGCGGACAUUCACUUUGAAAAUUCCUGCUUACGAAGAAAAAAAAAGGAACUCCUUAAGGCAAUGGACCACCGACAACCGGCCCACCAAAUAAUAGACGGAGUGCCUAGAUGCAUCAACAUAAAUGCAGAAAGAUUAAGAGAAAAUCUUAAAUUCAGAGCGAAGAAAGGAGACGUUGUGCAAUCUACUUUUCCGAAGAGUGGGACGCACUGGUUGAUGUACAUCACACAGCUCAUCCUGAGGAAAGGACAACCAAUAACCACACAUGACGAGUUUAGUAAAGAGUGGCGCUUCCUGGAGUACAUGGACAUCAAGGACUGGAAGUCGUCUCUGCCCCUGAGAACAUUUUCUACACAUCUGGCCUUGGACGAGAUCGCAGUGACAAAAGAGGGAAAGUACAUGUACAUCGCCCGUAAUCCAUGGGAUGUCUGCGUUUCGUUCUACCACAUGGCGAGCAACUUGAGUGUUUUUGAUUUUCAGGAUGGCACGUUCGAAGAAUUCGUUGACAGCUUCCUGAAUGGCAACUUUGGUUACGGGGACUACUUCAAACACGUAGCGUCGGGUUACGCUCUCAAGGAGCACCCGAAUGUGUUCUUCGUAACCUAUGAAGAGUUGAAGAAGAACACACGAGAUGUGGUGUUGAGGCUGGCGUAUUUUUUGGGAGAGGAGUAUGGCCGUGCUUUCGCAAAUGACGAAAGGAUGCUUCAAGAACUCCUGCAGAGGUCACAGCCAGAUUACAUGCGAAGUGUGGUGGUGGUUAAUCUCAAUGGCAGCCCGAACCCUCACUGGGACGAGGUGAUCAAGCAAACAAAGGCUACCUGCAAGGAAGGGUACGAAGGAGACGAGAAUAGAUACGCGUUAGUGAGAAAGGCCAAGGUAGGAGGUUGGAAGGAGUACUUUACACCUCAACUCCUGCGGCGAAUGGAGAAGCGGAUUCUUGAGGCAGAAAAGAAGUCUUCUUUCAUGGACCUCUGGAAAGACAUACGAGCUGAAGCAAAAACUGCUUUUAAGAGUUCCGAAUAAAAACCCUUGCUGCGACACUUGUACAAUAGGGUUGGCCCUCAGCAGACUUGCGCUGCAGCAAAUUUUCUUCAGGUAACGCAGGCACCUUCCUUACAGGGACCAAGUGACUUUUCCUAUCUAAGAGUACUUGCAAUAUAUUUACCCGAAUCACUGA